UUCUCUCUCUCUUCCUUCAGCCCGUAGUGUCGCCAGUCGGCAGCACUUGCAGGAAGGACCCGGACUUCCUGCGAGUGCAGCCGGCUGGGACGGUAGCUUGAAAAGAGAGAAAAAGUUCCCGGCUGUUGUUUUGGCUUUGCAAGAAAACAAGAGAACAGCCAGCCAGUUAAUUCUUGGCCAGCUAGUUAUUCAAAAGUAUUGUGAUUUGAAAUAAUGGAUGAACAGUCGCAAGGCCUGCCAGGUCCUCCCGUGUCUCAGUUUCAACCACAGAAAGCCUUACGACCUGACAUGGGCUACAAUACUCUAGCCAACUUUCGGAUAGAAAAGAAGAUUGGUCGUGGACAGUUUAGUGAAGUGUACAGAGCAACGUGCUUGUUGGAUGGUGUGCCAGUAGCUUUAAAAAAAGUGCAGAUAUUUGAUUUAAUGGAUGCAAAAGCUCGUGCUGAUUGUAUCAAGGAAAUAGAUCUUCUUAAGCAAUUGAACCACCCAAAUGUAAUCAAAUAUUAUGCAUCAUUUAUUGAAGACAAUGAACUAAACAUAGUGCUGGAAUUAGCAGAUGCUGGAGACCUUUCUAGGAUGAUCAAGCAUUUUAAGAAGCAGAAGAGGCUGAUCCCAGAAAGGACAGUUUGGAAGUACUUUGUUCAGCUGUGCAGUGCCUUGGAACAUAUGCAUUCCCGGCGUGUCAUGCAUCGAGACAUAAAGCCAGCAAAUGUAUUCAUUACUGCUACAGGAGUAGUAAAACUUGGAGAUCUUGGAUUGGGAAGAUUUUUCAGCUCUAAAACCACAGCUGCACAUUCUCUAGUGGGAACACCUUAUUAUAUGUCUCCAGAGAGAAUCCAUGAAAAUGGAUAUAACUUCAAAUCAGAUAUCUGGUCUCUAGGAUGUCUGUUAUAUGAGAUGGCUGCAUUGCAAAGCCCCUUCUAUGGUGACAAAAUGAACUUGUAUUCCUUAUGUAAAAAGAUAGAACAAUGUGACUAUCCACCCCUUCCAUCAGACCACUACUCAGAAGAACUCCGACAAUUAGUUAAUAUCUGCAUCAACCCAGAUCCAGAGAAACGACCGGAUAUAACCUAUGUUUAUGAUGUAGCAAAACGCAUGCACGCCCACACAGCUACCAGCUAAAAGACUUGCCCCAUAGGAAGAACAAAAACAAGCUGGGGAAGUUCAAGCAUUGAUGUGCUUUCUUCCCAUUUUUCUUACUUUUGUCUAUUGCUGGACAAAAUUUAGUAUGACUUAUGACUUAUGUGCCAAGAAUGUGUUAACACUUUUGUUACCGAACUUAUAAGUAAAGGCUACUUAUAUUUUUAAGAUAUAAAGUAUGAAAUGGUUUUAAUAAGUAAAUUAUGCUUACAACUUAGGGCAAUUGCAAUUUCAUUUAUAUAUUAUAUAAUUAUUGAAUAAAGGGCAAACAUUUUUAUAUAUUUUCAAUUUUUGUCCAACAUAUCUGAGUUGCAAAUUUGCAUAUGAACUUAACUGUUUAAUUGCUACAAGCAAAACUUUAAAUUCUGUUCUUUGACUUUUGUAAUAAUUUAUGGAUAUGGAUAUGAUGAAUCAGCAUAAUUACUGAAUUUAUUAUUCAUUAGUAAAUUUAUUGUUGGUUUUAUUUCUACCCCUUUCCUGGGCUAUUAAUAGAAUUUUUAAAAAAUAAUUGUUACAGUUUUGCUUGUCAAGAAAAUGUAUAUUUAUUUGCCAUUGAGCUUUAAUGCAGUUUUUGAAUGUGAAAAAGUGGGUUUUUCUUUUUCUGUUUUUUUGGCAGAUUGUCCAACACUGGGGGGAAAAAAGGAGAAGAAAUCCUGUCAAACUGUUUGUUAUCUAGUCUUGUGCAGUAUUGUAACCCCAAUCCCUAACCUUGAUUUCAACAGUUGAGAGGAUUUGCACAAUGUCUAGGAGUCAGAAUCAAUCAUAAGGUUGGAUGGGACCUUGACGAUCACCUGGUCCAGUUCCCUGCUUGAUUUGUAUCGCAGGUUGCCUCUGCUGUGUCCCAGACAGAUGGCUUAAAUGCCUUUCAGAAAAGAGCACUUAACAACUUCCCAAGUCAGCUUGUUCUACUGCCCUAAGGCUCUUGUUGCUAGGUGGGAUCACUCUCCAAAUCUGUAGCUACCAAAAGCAAGCUCCAGUUAUAAAUUAGUUUUCAAGUCAGUAUUAGAGUGCUAAACACAUAAAAUCAGUGCACUGAUAGAGUACUUAACUUUGGGCUGAAUAGUUGUGUAUGUUAAUUGCACUGGCAUAGAUGACUCCAAGAAUCUAAGAGAUUGGGUUUAAAAGAAGUUUGCUUAGAAGAACAAUACUUUCUACAACAUGCACACAUUGGACGAAUCAAGGCCACUUCCCAAGUUGUGAAAUGUAGUUUGUUCAUAGUAACACCCAGCCAUUGCUGAAGUGAUAUAAAACCUGUCCUUAUUACUAUUAUUUUGGCACUCUGUUGCUUGGAUGGCUAUAGAAGAUGGUACAAGUCACAGAAACUGUUGUAAGUGGGGAAAUGACCCAAGUUAUUUAAAUUAUAAGGGAGACUUAAAAUAAAUGGCUGUCAUUUGGAGGAUCCUUCAGAUUGCCUACAUAUGAUAAUGUCUCCGUAUGCUGUGACUCCUAAUGCUGAAUGGAGGUUAUUGUGUGUGUUUAUGUCAUUGGAGCCUAAUGAUAGGAGUAUAUUAUGACUGUUCUAGGAUUAAGCCUCAUGGCAAUAGAUAAUCCACCCCUAGGCAGGAUUUGAUAUGAUUUAUCUAUUACAGUGGAAUCAUCUGGUUUGAAAAUCUUUUAUUAAUUUAAAGGACAGUAAUGUUUUGCAUCUCACUUUAUUAGGAAACAUUAUUUUUGUUUCUGAAAAUAGUUGGCUUGAACUUAAAAAAAAAAAUCAAAUUGGUGAAGUUUGUAUUAGCCUUUAGAAUGUCCUAAAAUGAAAUUGAUCAAUAAAACAAUAAAUGGCAUGUCAUUAUGAAAGGGAAGAAUAUUAUAACUGCAACUGCUUGUGCAGAUAAAGGUCUGAUUGUUUAACAUUUUGAAAAUUAUAAAGAAGCCUUCCCUAAAAUAAUGUCCCCCAGAUGACACGCUGCAAUUCUCAUAAUCCUAGCAUGCGGCAGACAUUUUGAGAUUAGAGGAACAUAUAGAGUUGAUGUCUAGAAUAUCAUAAGAAAGAGGUAAUGAGGAAGCCUUGCAAACUUGCUUUGUGAAUAUUAAUCUCAACAGAUUAGUACCAGUUCACCUUUUAUUUCAGUCACAUUCAUGACCAUAAAACUAUGUGUAAUUUCAUGAUUACAGCCAGCCCUGAUCUGUCCACCUUGCAAUGCUCUAAAAUAAAACAUAAGAUACAUACCCAGCUGUCUUUUAAAAGCUUAGCAACAUUGUCCAUCCCCCUGUUCCUGCUGUUCUAUCCUAGAUAGAAAACUGAUUUUUUAAUCAAGAUUUUUUAUAUAUGAUUGGUGGGAAUAACUAGGAUUGGUGGUCACUAAUUGGACAGGUAUGAAACAUGUUUUUUGUUGCAUCAGCUUAUGUUAAUGUGACUUUAAAUUCUAUGUCCAGUAAUUUUUGGAAUAGAGUUAAAACUGUACUACAAGAUAUAGUCGUAUAAGCUGUGAGGGAGCAGCUUGAAAUUAUGUAUUUUCCCUUAGUGCAUGUCUGCUUUCACAGGAAGAUUUCAAAGGAAAAUGAAAGAUGUCUGUAAGAUUCUUUACAUAUUUUCCUAGGGAUGAGGCUAACAUAAUAUUUGCUUAAAAAACUAAAUAAAAUAAUAUCCCAACCCCUUGUUCCCACCACCACAUUCACACUUUACUGUGCAAAAAUACUUCAGAAUUCUUUAAGUCUAUAUUUUCUCUGUCACCAUUGAAGGGAAGAAGCUGUAGCAUUUAACAAAGUGACAUAAUCUUCAUGUGGCCUUCUGGCAUGCUUAUUUGAAAAAAGGUUUACUGAAUUUUCUCCUAAUGGCACUAAUUGUAGUGUGCAUGCAUAUGUGUAUGUGUGUGCGUAUGACUACCUUAUACAAAAUGCUUUGAGGGAGUUGUUUCUAAAAAUAAAUGUUGGGAAUAAUUAUGAAGUUAAUGCCAAUGUAAACCAAAGACAUAUUUGUAAAAAUCUAUCUGAUACUGAUAAUAAAGUAUGAUGAAUGAGUACUGAAAUUAAUUGCAUAAGUAGAAAAAGUUACAGAUUUCAUAUAUCUGCUGUUAGCAUCAGAGGUAGUGGAUAAGUUUAAGCCUUAUUAAGAAGAGCAGGCUUGCCCCUGAUCCCGCUACAGUACUGGCAAAACCAUUUGCUAUACCAAAGAUCAAGAUAAUAUUUUCUCCUUCCUAGUACCAUCCCUUUCUCAGGAAUCAAGUCACUGUGCAGUGACACAGAAAUCCCAUUCAUGCAUUGCAAUAAAUAGUGAAGGUCCUAUUCAUAGGGCACUAGCUCCAUACAGAACAUUCUGAUAUGGGAACAGCUGUUUUCAAACAAGUUGGACUACAACUCCCAUUGUCCACAGCCAGCAUACCCAGCGGCCAUAUUGGUUGGGGAAGUUGGGGAGGAGAAGCUUCCUAGGCUAAGGAAGCCUCCAUAGAUGAAUUACAUAUUCAAGACUGGCAGUGGAGGAGCUUCCAAUGCCAUCAUUGGAUCACGAUCAAUGCCUUGCUAAGAGAAGAAGGAACCAUCAAAACAGUGCUAGAGCAGAGUAGGAGCCGUUAAACAACCUCCUUGAACUAUUAAUGAUGCUUUGGAAUAUAAAAUAGAUUUCUUAAUAAUAUCUUGAUUUUGGGGGAGGGGUGUGUGUGGGGUAUGACAAUCACAUAUUUGAUCUCACCGAAGUAAUGGAAAGUGGUAACUUGAAUAAGAGGCAAAAAAGAAGUCAAGUUCCUGACAGAAUAAGGUAGGGUGGCUAGCUGUGGCAUUUCUGCCCUGGGCCUUCAUUCUUAGUAGCUGCAUCGUCUGUUCUAGUCAAGGACCAACAGGGCUCCCUGCUAAGAACCAGGAGAACAAUUUACUCCUCCAUCAUUGGGUUACUUCAUCUGGGCUGCAAAUAUCUGGACAAUCACUAAAUGGCAGCAAAGAGCAUAUUUCUGUAUUGUUCUGCUGCUGUCUAGUAGUUUAGCCCACCUGUGUCCAGGCUAAACUCUUUUAUGUACUUAGCAAUUGCUAGAUAACAAAUGCCUUAAUUUUACUUCUGCACUAUAAGAAAAUACAUAUAUUUUUAGAUUCCACAUAUGGAUAGAUACUGUAAUACAUUUGCUAUAUUUAUUUUAACCAAACUGCUGUUUGUGUUAAGUUGCUUCUUUAAAAUGAAUGUAUUCUAUACUAAACAAAACAGAACAAAAUAUGCAUAAUUUGUCUCAGUUUUAUAUCCAGUGGUAGUGUGAUAUUUGUGGCUUUAUGAAUAUUUGUGUGUUGUGUUUGCUUUCUAAAUCUACUCUUGCACAAGGAUUGUACUCAAUGUUUGGAGUUCUAUGUUGUACAAUAUCUUUAUGAAAUACAUAGAUUAAAUAUAUGGUAAAAUAAACCCACCUAUAUUUA